CACCCUUUUCUUUGGGAGUGAAAAAAGCGAGCGGGACGGCGCGCGCAGGAGAUGCGGGAUCGGGCGCCGCGCAUGGAGGAUCUGUGAACGCGUGCACGGGGGCGAGCCUCCCUCCAUCCAGCGGCGCGUGACGACGACGGAGAUGGAGGCGCUGUGAGGAACAAACAAAGCGGAGGAUGAGCGCCGCGAUGAUGAUAAUGAUGAUGAUGAGGAGGAGGACGAAGAGAAGGAGGAGCCCCGCUCUGCCGCUGCUGCUCUGCGUGCUGCUGGGCUGCAGCGUGUGGCGCGCGGAGAGCGGGAGCGCGCGCGUGGAGGGCGCCGUCGAAGUGACCCUGAAGGUGCACCUGAGUGAUGCCAGCACCCACCAGCCGAUACCUGGCGCCACCGUGGAGAUCUUUGCCAACCACACCUCAUUCGCCGCAGGGACCUCAGAAGCGGAUGGCAACGCCUUCAUCAGUUUUCCGUACCACUUGGGCACCCCGCUGAUCGUCACGGCAACCAAGCCCGGCUACGUGCCAAACUCCGCCCCGUGGUGGCCGGCCCGGUUACCCGUGUUCUCCUCGCUCAGCCUGGACCUGCUGCUGGAGAGGGCCGCCACGCUCAUGGUGUACGAGGACGUGGUGCACAUCGUCUCCGGCUUCCCAGGUUCAAGGGUUCGGCCCUGGGUUCACUUCCCUCGCCGGGCCCUGACUUUGCCGCCGGGCACCAGUUACAACAACCUGACAGCCUUGCUGACGGUGGCCAGCUCCGCCCAGGAAGUGGAGCGCUUCCCUUACCUGCAAGGUCUCGCUGAGAACGGCACAGGCAGCGGCAGGAGGGUGGAGCUCGCUGCCCUCACGGCCAUCAGCGUUCACCUGCGAGGCAGCGACGGGUCCGAACUGCACGUCACCGAACCUGUGAACAUCCUCGUACCCCUGCCCUCCAACAGUGGGCUGAAGGAGAACGACCACAUCCCCGCGUGGCGAUUCGAUCCCAAACUCGGUGUCUGGCUGAAGAGCGGCCUGGCCUGCGUCCAAAAGGAGGGUAACAAGCUGAUGCUGAACUAUAUCGCCCCCCAGCUAGGGUAUUGGGCAGCAGCCAUGCCGCCGAUCAGUACAGGAGCGGGGAUGGCGAAGGACAUCAGCACCUACCACACAGUCUUCCUCCUCGCCAUCCUGGGCGGGAUGAGCGUGAUCCUCCUCUUCCUCGUCUGCCUGCUGCUCUACUACUGCAGGAGGAGGUGUCGGCGACCGCGGCAACACCGAAAACUGCAGAUCUCCUCCGCCCUCGACUCCAAGAGGGACCAGGCCACGUCCAUGUCCCACGUCAACUUGAUCAGCGAGGUGCACCUGGACCUGGUGUCCUCCGUGCCUGAACCAGACUUGCACACGCCAAUGCUGAAACCCACCUGUGCCACCGCCUCUUCCUCCCGCCAGGAGGUGGCUCCCCCGAGCAGGGGCUCGCCAGCCCGUCGGCCGCCCUCCUCCUCCUCCGCGUCCCUGGCCAAGGAGCUCCGCCGUUCUGCGGAGAUCCUACCAGCGAGGGUGUCCCAUCCUCAGGAGCCCGUGGACGGGUACGAGUCGCCAGGCAGGGGUGACAGCCGGCUGAGCCGUGGCUCCGCGUCCUCCCAAAGACCGCCAGAUGGAGGAGAGCAACCGACACGGGUCUCGGCCACGCACCUGUCCGCCAGCAGUGCGGGGAGUUUCCAGGAGGCCGGUCCACCAGGGCCCUGCACGCCCAACUCGGACCGCCGACCGGCGGACUACCUGUUGUCGCGCUCAGUGGACCACCUGGAGAGGCCGAGCUCGCUGCCACGGCCCGGCCAGCUGCUGUGCUGCAGCUCCGUGGACCAGGUGACGGAUGGCGUGUACCGGCGGGCGCGGCCCACUCUGGUCAUCCCCGCCCACUACAUGAAGCUCCCCGGGGAGCACCCGUACGCCGGGCAGCCCCUGCUCCUGCAGACGGACCAGCAGAGCGACCUGGAGACCAUCCAGGCCGAGCUGUCGGCGUCCCAUCAGCCUUUGGGGCCGCCGGGUUCCGAGCCCCUGCAGCUGUCUUCCUCCUGCGAGGACCCCCGAGAUGGAUCGUGGACUCUGCAGACCACCACAAUCCCCGAGUCCCUCUCCAUCCCGACGUCCCUGAGCGAGGCAGGCUUGGUGCAGAUGAAUGGCGAAGAUCAGCUGCUGGCAGAGAAGACCUUGAUGGAGCUGAGGGGGGGCAAGCCGCUGCCCCACCCACGCGCCUGGUUCGUGUCUCUGGACGGGCGCUCUAACGCCCACAUCCGCCACUCGUACAUCGACUUGCAGCGCGCCGGCCGCAACGGCAGCAACGACGCCAGCCUGGACUCCGGCGUGGACAUGAGCGAGUUGGCCCGGCGAAUCCAGAAAGGGCUGCGGGAGGUGGAGCGGGAGGUGGGGGCGGAGCAGGUGGAGCAGGCCAGGAGCACGGCGCCCACCGUGUCGUACACCCAGCUGGUGUAUGUGGACGAUGCGGACGGCAGCGGGAGCGGCUCGCCCGAGGGCAGCCCCGAGGACAGCGCCCUGGGGCCGCUGCUGCAGGAUGUCCGCAGCCCGGAGGGACGGGAGCGGGAGGAGGACGAUGACGGAGACGUAGCGUUCAGAACUGAUCUUGCCAAGCCUGACCUGCAGCUCCCCGGCAGCAGCCCCGACGCCGUGCCCGGCCACGACGACAGCGGGGAGGACGAGAACAAGAAGAGUCCCUGGCAGAAGCGAGAGGAGAGACCGCUGCUGGCCUUCAACCUCAAAUGAGCCCACAUUCGAACGGACCGAGGACUGAGCCGAGAACUGAGAAAC